AUGUCGGCGGGCUUGGUAAAUUCGUACCUCAACAGUUGGUCUACCCUCCUACCUGAGCCCUUCUGCUUCUUCGAUCCCUCUUCCUCUUUCCUUUGUUGCUUCGGUCGCAAGAUCAAUUGGUCAUGGCAUCCCAAAUUCCUACAAAGAGCAGUUGAACGAGUCAUUCGCUCCCCCGAUGACGACGAGCCCUCGGCCGAGAUCGAGCUGGGAACGCACAUGAUUCGCGGGGACACGGUCUGCCUGGUUGGGUUGGUUGAUGAGCCGCUGGACGAGAGCAUAGACUGGACCAAAGUCAAGGGGGCUACAAUUGGGACGACAAAGCACUAGAAUAUACCACCGAACCAUAAAACCGUUUCUGCGCUAUACCUGAGCGCGUGAGGCAUGGUGUCACGCUCCCUCAAAACCAAGAAGAGGAGGCA